AUGAUGUCCUCUAACAUAUUAUCUCGGUUUCUACCCCCAACGGGCUCACCAUCGGUCUACGAGACCAUCCGCCAACAUGACGCAGUGUCCGAAUCCUCCGAUAUCGAAGAGCGUGCGGGCUUGGCCUUAGACGACCAACAAGAACAAUUUAGUGACCGAGAGCUGGAGGAUGCGUUGGCAGAUGCACAGGAUAGUGAAGUGGUCAGUCCCAGCACUGCACUUCUGGAAGCUCGGUCGGGCAAGGCGCCUCAGGCGCGAGCUUCUCCAUCUGGAACACGCCGUCGCAAGGCAUCCCGGCCUAGAUGGGUGGCACCGGAUUCGCUUGGGUAUGAAAUGAAUGAUCAUGAUGAGGAUGUCCCUCAGUCGCUGUUGGUGGAAGGCCAUCACGACGAUCUGACAUCGCGUUUACCUCCUCCUCCCCGGCCUCACGGUCAUUCGGAUCGUCGAAGGGCCUCCAGCCCCGAUCCGUCUCAACAACCCACCAGACCUCGCUGGGCUGAGGGACCCCGAGGAUCACCGCCCAAUGAUAGUGGUGGCCACCCAACGUCGAGGUGGUUCACUGGACAACAUCCCGGUCUUGCCAACAUUGACCCCGAAAAGAAAGCAAUGUGGCGAUGGGCGAAUGUGGAGGAUCUGGACAAUUUCUUGAAAGAUGUCUACGUCUACUUUUUAGGGAACGGGAUCUGGUCUAUUUUGCUGACUAGGGUGCUGAAUCUCUUGACAUUUGCGUUCGUUGUCGGUUUCUCGACCUUCUUGACCAACUGCAUUGAUUACUCCAAGGUACGACGAAGUAAGACCCUGGAUGAUAUCCUCGUACCCAAGUGUACAGCAAACAUGUCCGGAUCAUCCACAUUUUUGCUGUGGCUCUUCAGCUUCUUCUGGAUUGUGAAGUUGUUUCAAUAUAUCUUGGAUGUUCGCAGGCUCAAACAUCUGCAUGACUUCUAUCUCUAUCUACUUCAUGUCUCUGAUGCCGAAGUCCAGACAAUUUCCUGGCAAGAAGUGGUUAGCCGACUAAUGGCGCUGAGAGACUCCAAUCCUUCAACUGCGGCAGCAGUUUCUGUCAAACAUCGAAAAUUUCUGGGCAGCCAGUCAAAGCAACGAAUGGACGCUCACGACAUUGCUAAUCGCUUGAUGCGCAAGGAAAACUACAUGAUUGCAUUGGUAAACAAGGAUAUCUUGGACCUCACACUCCCAAUUCCGUUCCUCAAAAAUCGACAGUUGUUUUCUCGAACUAUGGAAUGGAAUCUCAAUCUUUGUGUCAUGGACUAUGUCUUCAACGAGCAGGGUCAACUGAGAACUUUGUUUCUCAAAGAUACUCAUAGGAGAGCGCUAAGUGAUGCUUUGCGUCGGCGCUUUGCCAUUGCUGGUAUCAUGAACAUUUUUGUGGCUCCCUUUAUUGUGGUUUACUUCACAAUGCAUUACUUCUUCCGAUACUUCAACGAAUUCAAGAAGAAUCCGGGGCAAAUUGGUUCUCGUCAAUACACCCCCAUGGCGGAAUGGAAAUUCCGCGAGUUCAAUGAGCUCUGGCAUCUGUUUGAACGUCGAACCAACAUGUCUUAUCCAUUUGCCAGCCGAUACGUCGACCAAUUCCCCAAAGACAAGACAGUCCAAGCGGCAAGAUUCGUCGCUUUCAUUUCUGGGGCUCUUGCCUCGGUGCUUGCUCUCGCCUCCGUGAUAGACCCGGAGCUCUUCCUCGGGUUCGAAAUCACCCCUGACCGCACUGUCCUAUUCUACCUUGGAAUUUUCGGUACAGUUUGGGCAUUUGCACGCGGGCUGGCACCCGAAGAGACGGACGUAUUCGACCCUGAGUAUGCACUGCGUGAGCUGAUUGGUUUCACUCAUUACUUCCCAUCCGGAUGGAAGGGCCGUCUGCAUAGCGACGAUGUGCGGAAAGAAUUCGCAGUUCUCUAUCAAAUGAAAAUUGUUAUUUUCCUGGAAGAAAUCUUGAGCAUGAUCUUCACGCCUUUCGUCCUGUGGUUCAGCUUGCCCAAAUGCAGUGAUAGCAUUAUUGAUUUCUUUAGAGAAUUCACCGUGCAUGUUGACGGUGUCGGCUAUCUCUGCUCCUUUGCCGUUUUCGAUUUCAAGAAGGGCACAAACGUGCUCUCCCAAGCCGCGCCCGUGCGUCAGGAUCCCGGAAAGCAAGACCUGCGCACUGAUUACUUCUCAACGAAAGAUGACAAGAUGCUGGCUUCAUACUAUGGAUUCUUGGACAAUUACGGUGCCAACCACCAGCCCAACCGACGAGCGUUCCAUCCACCACCAACCUUACCUACUCUCGGUUCGGUUGACUUUGGUGCUCUCCCAGAUCGCCCCGAGCUUCUCCAACCACGCCAAAGUCCGACGAUAGGUGGGCUGUACGGCCCUCAAUCAGUGAUGGGCGCCUCUAAGUUUAGACCAAUGGGAGGAAUCGACCACCGCUCUCCUGCUCCCUCCAUCCUCCUUGAUCCACACCACCAACCGUCGACCUCUGGAUUCCGCCCUGCGGCUAGAAAGUCCGCUCAACACCAUCAUCGUUCUCGCCUCGCACACUCUCAGCACCAACCCACUGGCCCCAUUGACGACGAGGAAGAGCCCCUGUCCCAGGAAGGCCGUGAUUCCGCGACACGUCAGUCGGGUGUUCGUACUGGUACCUCCAGCACUGGCGCUGGCAAUAGUGACAGCAACCUCGGUGAUUCAUGGCGUAUGAAUCCAAUCGGAAAGAAUGGAGACGAUACCGAGGAGGGAGACGAGGGAGAGAACAUUGAUGCCAUUGCGGGUGGAGCUGGUGUUUUGGGCCUGAUUCAACAAUUCCAGAAAGCUAAUACCGAAGGUCGAAGGACAACGGUGGGGAUCUAG